GUGAACGUUACUGUGUCAGCCAAUCAGCAAUACGAAGACGCUCUUCCGGAUUAGGUUGAGGCAGUUGGAGAAUUCACUUAUGGGGCGAAUGGAUGAAUAAUGAACUCGCCCGUUAAGAGAACCAAAAAAAGGGAUCAUUCACAGGGAUAAGGAUAUCAUGGGAGGUGUGAAGCAGGAACAAAAUGACGGACCUCCACCAAGAGGCAUGUCCUCUGAUGCAGCACAAGAAGAGCAUAUCCGUUCUCUUUCUGUACAGCCUGUGAAGAAGAGAGGUUGGCCCAAGGGUAAGAAGAGAAAGAAGGUUUUGCCCAAUGGUCCCAAGGCACCAGUGACUGGAUAUGUGCGCUUCUUGAAUGAACGGCGAGAGCAGAUACGCGCUAAGCACCCCGACUUGCCGUUUCCCGAAAUCACCAAGAGGCUCGGCGCCGAGUGGAGCCGUUUAGCACCUCAUGACAAACAGCGCUUCCUUGAUGAAGCGGAGCGAGAGAAGCUGCAGUAUGCCCGUGAGCUGAAGGAAUAUCAACAGAGUGAGGCCUAUCAGAUCACCAGUGCAAAGAUCCAGGACAAGAAGGUCAAGAGGGAAGAGGCUCCAUCUGUCAUUAUCAAUGCUAAUAGCUCUGGAUCUGCUGCUCAAAAGGUUACAGAUCAUCUGUCCAACAGAUUUGAUGUUCCAAUAUUCACAGAGGAGUUCUUGGACCAAAACAAGGCCCGGGAAGCAGAGCUGCGGCGUCUACGUAAAGCCAAUGUGGAGUUUGAAGAGCAGAAUGCUGUUCUGCAGAAACACAUCGCGGACAUGUACACUGCCAAAGAGAGGCUGGAAGCUGAGCUGGGGCAGGAUGAGCUCCGGACCCAAACCCUGCACAGGCACCUGUUGGCCAUCAAACACACACUUGUCAGCAGUCUGUCCACUGUGGCCCUGCCAGGCACAGGUGAGACCCCUUCUCUUGGUACCCUGGACUCUUACCUGAGUCGCCUGGUUGGUACUCUGGAGACCAACCCUCAUGAGCACCGGGCCUUGCUGGCACAGCUACACCAUGUCCUUUCUCACUUAGACAGUGAGAAGCUAUGAGGGCCUUCACCUAUAACAACUUGAUGUGGAUCCCUGGAUGGUGUAAUGACAGGUGAAAUUGAUGCGGUUCACAGUGUAGUUAAUGGAUAGGUGGGAUGUCUUUCUGGUGUAACAUACAGAUUAUAUAUAUACUGCAUCUCAGUCCGUACAACGUUACUCUGUAAUUGUGCGUCUGUAUGUGUAUGUUGGUGGAGAGAGUUGUGUCAAAGCAGCCAUACCUGAACCCAUCUAUAGUUCUUGAUGAUUUUUGGAAGAAACAGUUUACAUGCAUUUUUGGAGUGAAUGACCUUUUCCAGGUGUCUUCACUUGAAAUAAGGAGGUUCAGAUGUGUGCUGGUGUCAAAUGAGAGACCAAAUUAACUGGAAAAGAUUGCAGCAAUGUUUUCAGAAAUGUUUAUGUUAUUGAUAUUUGUUUUGGAGUGGGGAGUUUUGGAUUUAGAUUUUUUUGUCAUGAUUUAUUUCUAUGAAUUUGAAAUGAAUGUUUUUGUAUUCUUUGUAAGCAUAUCAAUUUACAAUAAACAAAUGUGUCAUUUCCUGGAUGUCAAUAAAAAUAUGACGCACAUUGAAA